AUGGCGAGCCAGCGCUGCUUCGCCAACCGCUUCGAUGACUACGCGGGCAGCCUGGCGGCCGCGCCGGACAAAGAAGUGGCGGUGCCGUUGGUGACGGCCACCAUCGAGCGGAUCUUGAAGGAGCUGCCGCCGCUCGGCGGCGGGGCGGCGGGCGGUCCCCGCGGCUGCCAAGGCGGGCUGUACGGCGGGGUGGCCGGCGUGGCCUACAUGCUGUACCACGUCGCGCAGUGCCCGCUGUUCGCGCCGUCGCGGGAGGCCUACCUGCGGGCCGCCCGGCGCGUGGUGGACGCCUGCCUGCGCUACCAGGAGGCGGGCGGCGAGGCCGACGCCGACACCCGCGCCGCCUUCCUGCUGGGCGGCGCCGGGGUGUACGCGGUGGCCGCCUUGGUGUACCGGGCGCUGGGGCUGCCCGACUUCGCCCGGCCUCUGGGCAAGUUCCGCGAGCUGAGCGAGGUCUGCGCGCCGCUCUCCUUCCUCGAGUGCGGCUCCGACGAGCUCUUCGUGGGCCGCGCCGGGUACCUGUGUGCCGCCCUGGUGCUGAAGCAGCGGCUCGGCAUGGAGGUGCUGACCCCAGCACAAAUAAAAUCAAUUUGCCUGGCCAUUCUGGAAUCAGGAAAGCAGUAUGCAGUGAAGAAGAGGAAACCGUUCCCACUCAUGUAUUCCUACUAUGGAACAGAGUAUCUUGGUGCAGCACAUGGACUUUCAUCAAUCCUUCAGAUGUUACUUUCCUAUUUUGAGUACCUGCAGCCAGCAGAUCAGGAGCUUGUGUGGCAGAGUGUUGACUUUCUCAUGGACCAAGAGCAGAAUAGCAACUGGCCUCCUGAGCUGGGGGAGACAAUCGAGCGGGAGAAUGAGCUUGUUCACUGGUGUCACGGAGCUCCAGGCAUUGCAUAUCUGUUUGCCAAAGCUUAUCUGGUUUCCAAGAAGCCUCAGUACCUGGACACUUGUAUCCGUUGUGGAGAGCUAACCUGGCAGAAAGGCCUGCUGAAGAAGGGACCUGGAAUAUGCCAUGGAGUGGCUGGUAGUGCUUAUGUGUUCCUGCUGCUCUAUAGGCUCACUGGAAACUCAAAAUACAUCUACAGGGCCCAAAGGUUUGCAGAGUUCUUAUUUACAGAGGAAUUUAAGGCUGGUUCCCGGGCAUUAGAAAGUGUAUAUAGUCUGUAUGAAGGCUUCUCGGGGACUGUGUGUUUCCUGACUGACUUGCUGCAGCCCAAUCAAGCCGAGUUUCCUCUCUUCAGUGUCUUUGUCUAGAGAACAACAUCCUUCAGGGCCGCAUUCCUGUGGCGACGGGAGAGGGCACCUGUGGUUUCACCUAUUUGUGAGAGGCUAUUUCCAAAACAAGCCAGUGGUACCAAUAAUGCUAGCCUUAAUGUAGCUGGGAGGCAGGUGAAAGUAAAUUCACUUGGGCUUUGGGUAAGGGAAGCAUGUGAGCAAAAAAAAGGGGGGUGGGGUCAGUUCAAAAAAGGGGAAGGGGUUGAAUCUGAUGGGGUAGAUAUUUAUCUGUAAAGAAGUAAAAUAUAUUUAAGUGAUAGAGAGAGGAGCAUUAUCAAACUUUUAAUUUGGUGGCUACACAGGAGAAAAGGCAAGCUAGAAUUAAGGGACAUGCAAAGAAGAAAGAAAGUGAUACAUCCAGGAUGUUUUAAAAGGAGACUUGCAGAAGCAAGUCUUUACGCAGUGAAGCACUUUCCAGGGAGGGCGUUGUAGACGUGUCACUACACUGCACAAAGGCAAAAUCUGGGAUUUUGUAUCUAGACCACGUUUACUAGUACUAGUGCCAUGUAUUAGAAAUAGCUGUAUCCUGGAGCUCUUUUCACAUGUACGUAAGGAUAGUUCUGUAGCUAGCUAUUUAUGGAGCCUGCAGUUUCAAAGGAUCAUUUCACUGAGUAGAGUUUCAUGUGUGUAAAUGAGAACUGAAUUUGGCCCUUCCUUUUGGAGCUCAGUCUGUGGUGAGGAGCUGGUCUCCUUACUGGUUUACCCUUACUGUGGCACUCUUACCAAUACUUUCCCUUCUGCAGGGAUAAUUAGUGCUGCUGUGGAGACUUGGAUUGAAAAGUUACAAAGCAAAGACACCACCGGCAGAUGCUUCUUCACAGUACAGCAUUGCUAGAAUAGGUAUUGUUCAGUAAUACAAAAGCUUCCUUUAAAAAUUAAUUACCUUGAGCAGCAUUUCUGAACAAUAGCAUACGUAGUUCAGAGAACAGAAAAACAAUUUUCCCAAUGAAUUGUUCAUUCCAAGCCCUGAAAACUGAAUGCAAACCUCUGAUGGCAAACUGAGCUUAAGAAAAACCUGAUAGAAAAACUCAAAUUGCUUCUUCUCUUGGUGAACAAAAUAAUGUAUGUGCCCAAAUGAUUUGUAGCUAUAGAAAUAAA